CAAUGUGCGUGACGUUGAAUAUGAUUUGGAUCACUUGGACGAGGUCGAUGCUAAGGUCGAGGUGAAGAAAGAAUGUGAAGAUAACAAAGAAGAAGACUCGAAAAUAAAUGCUGACUCAAGUGAAGAAGCUACGGAUGGCCAUCAAAAUCAGCAGCCGCCGCAACAAGGUGAUGAAGGUGGAUGCGAUACACAGAAGCGAGAUGGCAAUGCUCAUCCAAAUUUAUCAAAGAAACAUAAAUGCCACAUUUGCGUCUAUUCAACGCGAUGGAAAGGUGAUUUAAAUAAGCACAUGCUGAAACACACUGGCGAGAAGCCACAUGGAUGCGAUUUCUGCCCGAAACGUUUUACAAGCAAACAAAAUCUCCGUGCCCACAUGAAAGCUCACAUCGAAGAGUUUCUGUUCCAUUGCCCGGGCUGUUUGCAAGGAUUCGAUGGAAAAAACGGAAAGGAAGCUCACGAGGCCAAUUGCACGACUCGUCGCUACGAAUGUCAUUUGUGCAAGGAUUCUUUUGGAUCAAUAAAGGCGAAUCUGAUGAAUCACAUGUGUGUGCAUAGUGGUAACAAACCAUUCCAAUGCAACGAAUGCUUCAAACUAUUUGCACGAAAAAGUCAUCUUAAGGGACACAUGAAGGUUCAUGGUGGUCUACGUUCAUUCCGCUGUACCAGAUGUCGUCUGGGAUUCGUUCGCCAAGAUGAAAGAAAUGCACAUGAGGCGAAGUGUAAUCGCUGUUUGUAUGAAUGCUAUGUUUGUGGAAAGUCAUUUAGUUUCAACAAAUCCAAUUUGAUCGACCAUAUGCGCACACACUCUGGUGAUACGCCGUUCGAAUGUCAACGUUGUCUGAAGCAAUUCACACACAAAGUUAGUCUCAACAAACACAUUGUAUAUCAUACGAAGAAGCUCCCAUUCAAAUGUUCGAUCUGUCACCAAGGAUUCGCGAAGCAAUCUCAAUGCAAAGCUUAUGAAACAAACUGCAAUCGACGGUGCUAUGAAUGUCAUUUGUGCAAAAAAUUUAUCGGUUCAGUCAAAACAAAUAUGGAAAGACACAUGCGAACCCAUUCUGGCGAUAAACCGUUCCAAUGUGAGCUAUGCCACACCCAAUUCACCUCAAAAGGGAGCCAUCAGAGACACCUCAAUUUACAUCAAAAGAGAACCUUCAGGAACACAUAA